GGAGGGGCAUACAAUGUCCCCAAUCAUCACACAUGGAAUGCUGUCAUAGAAAUAGCUAGCUAAUUUGCAUAAAGGUUUGAAAAUAACUUACUAUUAUUGGUCAGUUAUUGGGAUCCAAAUGGUCCAAUCAGCAGAGAUCCAGACCUAUAAAAGAAAAGAAAAUGCGUCAGUUAGUGCAGUUCGUUUGGAAUUUCUAGAGAAGCAGCGUUCACGUUUUGCUAUUAUGGAGUCUUUGCUGCGCCAGGUUUUGGAGCGGGCCGGUACCGAAGAAGGGGAACAGUGGCUGCAAUGGUGUCUGUCAUUACCGCCUUCUACAUCAUCUAGCGGUUUACCUCCGGUUUUGUCCUCUCUUUCCGGUUCAGUUCCGUCCACUUCUACCGCUCCGGUCUCUUCCCCUGGUUCCCUCCGUGAUGGUGUAUGCCUUCAGUCAGCGUUUCCGGCUUCCGGUUGUGACGACGCUUCCGCCUAUCAACACCCUUUGGCUGUCCCCGUGACUCAUCCCGCGUCAUUUGGUGGGGAGCGAGAUGUCGGCUGCUAUUCGCCGGUUUCCGAUGACGUCGCGUGCGCAGUCCGCGCGGAAGUGACGUCGAAGAGGCAGCGUAAGAGGCCCGGGAGAUUCAAUUCUCCGCCGCCUCCUCGUAUUGAACCGAGAGGGGGAAAAAAGACUAAGAAGACAGACAAGAGACCGGGCGCUCGCCCGCUUAUAACAGGGGUGAACCCUAUGCUUUCAACGGUGUCUGCGGAUGCGGUUAGUAGAGCGGGGCAUGGGGUUACCGGUUUUUCUGGCAGUGUUAGUGUUAACCCUGUAGUUGCUGAAAUUUCGUUACAGGACAUGUCAGCUGCUCAGGUGGUUCCCAUGACAACCGAAAAUACACAGUCUGGAUCAGCUGCAGCUCUGCCAGUAGUGUCCGUUCCUGUUGCCAGCAUUCCUGCAUCGCAGCCUGGUGUUUCUGGAGGUUCUGCAUUGGUGGCGUGGAUCGUCGGCCAUUCAUUUAUCUAUUGGGCCCAUAAGAGAGCUGACUACAGGUGUUAUGGUACCAAUCUUACUUUAUCACCUACUACUGUUAAAUUAUAUUGGUAUGGGCAGAAGGGUUUAUCCUGGUUUAAUCUGCGCAAGAUAUUAUCCUCUCUUUACUUGCGUUGGCCAGUGCCAGAUAUUAUUGUUUUACAUUUGGCGGGGAAUGAUCUUGGUCGACACAGGACACUGGAUAUUAUUGCUCAUAUAAAAGGUGAUUUUUUGAGCAUCCAUUCUGUGUUGCCUAACUGUGUUUUAGUGUAUUCUGAGAUCAUCCCUCGUUUGUUGUGGUUUUCUACGCAGUUUAAUAAGUUUGAGAAAGUUAGGAAAAAUGUUAAUAGGGCUGUCUCGAAAUUUAUGCCUUCAAUUAAUGGGUUAUCAUUUCGGCAUGUGGAUUUGGAGGGCGGUGUACAAGGUUUUUAUCGCCCUGACGGAAUCCAUCUUUCGGAUGUUGCCCUAGAUAUUUUUAAUUUAAAUUUACAAUCCUGUGUGGAAAUGGCUGUGGGCCGGUUGGGGUGCCGUUCUUAUGGUCCAUAAGAUCGGCUGGUGGGACUUUUGUGUUAUUGAUUAUUAUGGUUUGAGCUUUAAUAGCUAGACCAUAUGUAUAUUUGUCUUGUAAGUUAUUGAAGACAAUUAAUUUAAUACAUUUUAUGAUAUGUUGACGGUUAAAAUUUAUAUUUUGAAUAACCUAUAAUAAAGGCCGCGGCCAUUAAAAUCCACACAACAGUAUAUUAUUUAUUUAAUUAAUUAUUUAUUUAAUUAUAAGUUAAAAGAUGUAAGUAAUUUGUUAUGAAUAGCAUUCCAUAAAUGUGAGGGGAGGGGCAUACAAUGUCCCCAAUCAUCACACAUGGAAUGCUGUCAUAGAAAUAGCUAGCUAAUUUGCAUAAAGGUUUGAAAAUAACUUACUAUUAUUGGUCAGUUAUUGGGAUCCAAAUGGUCCAAUCAGCAGAGAUCCAGACCUAUAAAAGAAAAGAAAAUGCGUCAGUUAGUGCAGUUCGUUUGGAAUUUCUAGAGAAGCAGCGUCCCUCCCUCCCUCCCUGUCGCGGCUCAGUUAUGAGGUUUGUCCUUUUCUCUGAAAAGGGACUUUUGUGUUAUUGAUUAUUAUGGUUUGAGCUUUAAUAGCUAGACCAUAUGUAUAUUUGUCUUGUAAGUUAUUGAAGACAAUUAAUUUAAUACAUUUUAUGAUAUGUUGACGGUUAAAAUUUAUAUUUUGAAUAACCUAUAAUAAAGGCCGCGGCCAUUAAAAUCCA